UGGUCCUUAUUUUCGAAAGUUCAUAUUUUUUCAAAAUUAUUUGUAAUUUUGUUCAGUUACACCAAAACAUUAAAAAUACAAAAUUUCAGCUCAAUCCGAUAAUAUUAACACGUGCCGCAUUGGCCUUGAAGUUUCAUGCAUCUGACUGUCUAACAUGCUACGACGAGUCGGCGCCAAGUGCGUUCGAAUUCGCUACAAGCGCGACUACAAGUCUCGACAAGUCAAUUUUGUUUUUACAUAUUAUUUGUUCAAUGCUACAUUCGUUUUAGUUUCGUACUUGAAGUGCAUAAGAAAAGACGUGCUAUAUAAGUAAUUGAUAAAAGUGCUGAAAUGUCCACUUUGCGGAACAAUAUUUAUCUAGUUGGAGUGAUGAAAAAUCAAAUCUGCGGUAGUAAAUUACCAUGUAAACGAGAUGUUUUGAGUGUACUUUUUUAUAACAUGAGAGUGGUAAAUUUAAAUCUUAAUGACAGCAGUGCUUUAGUUAUUGAUGAAGUGGUCGUUUUUUGGAAAAAAGCAAGAAUCCCAGUUCAAAACCGUUCAAACUGUAUUUUGAAAUUAAAAUCUUUGUACGAUAAUGUCAGAAAUUUAGAAAAAUCUAAAAAUAGAGAUACUGAACGGCAGAGAGAAAAAGAAAAUGAUUUUAAAGAAGCUUUAGACAACCUUUUCGAUAUUGCCACCUUAAAUGCGUUAAAUGAGAUUAAAAUCGCCGAAGAUAGAGAAUUUUUAAUUAAGCAAAGGGAGAAAGGUAGAGUAGGUUGUAUGUUGGGAGUAGAUAUCAAAUUAUUACGUAAGGAAAAGCGGAAAGAAGAACGCACAGCUGCAGAGUUGAAAAGAAAAGAAGAUUUGUUGGAAAAUUCUAGUUGUUCGAUUGGACAUUUUGAAAUGGAAGAUAAAGAACACGAAGAUUCACAGAAAAAAGUGAUAAAUCAAGACAACAGUGAAGAUGACAUAUAUUUCAUAUCGGAAUCUCAACAGGGUCCAUCUUCAAACAAGAGAGGACGAAAGACGUUAAUGACACCUCGCCUGGCCGCUGCCUUGGACAAAUGUAAAGUGAGUGACAGGGAUGCAAUGCAUAUUAUUUCUGCCGUCCUAGAAGCUCUUAAUAUAGAUAUCACCGAGUUUGUUCUCAAUAGAUCGUCUAUCAAAAGAAAUAGAGAGAUUUUGCGGAAAAUAAAAUAUUCAUCAAUAAAAUCGGUAGGAAAUGAUGCAAAUUUUAUUGAAGUGCAUUGGGAUUCCAAAUUAUUGCCUGAUAUCACAAAAAAUGAGAAAAUUGAUCGGCUUCCUGUGAUCGCGGUUGGUUUAGAUUUUGAACAAUUAUUAGGAGUACCUGGAAUUGCAUCAUCAGCAGGAUCGGAAGUUUGCUCUGCUGUGUUCCAUAUCACUGAUGAAUGGAAUUUAACCGAAAAAAUUCAAGCCUUUUGUUUUGAUACUACAGCAUCAAACACUGGACGUAUAAAAGGAGCUGCAGUUCUGCUUCAACAAAGGUUAGGGCGAGAUAUUUUGUGGCUUCCAUGCCGACACCAUAUAUUUGAGGUCGUUUUGGCUGGUGUAUUCACGAGGACAAAAGCAAUUGUAACAUCCGGCCCUGAAAUUGCUCAAUUCAAAGCACUUAAAGAAAACUGGAAGAAUAUUGAUAAAAUGAAAUUUUUAGAUUAUACCAGCGAUGAAGCCGUUUAUAAUGCACUGAAAGAUGUAGCGCCCGAAAUUAUUUAUUUUGUGAAACAGAAACUUGCAGAAGAGCAACCACGUGAUGACUACAAAGAGUUUUUGCAAUUGACGCUCAUUUUUUUGGGAGAUAAAACAAAUGUGAGUUUUAGGGCCCCCGGUGCAUAUCAUUUAGCGAGAUGGAUGGCUAAAGCGAUUUAUUGUUUAAAACUUUUUUUAUUUCGCGAUCAAAUGAAAAUGAGAAAGGAUAAUUCCAAACUGAAUGCAGAAAUUUGCGUUUUCGUUGUAUACUGUUAUGUAGAGGCCUGGUUUUCAGCAACGAAUACUACAGGAGCUCCCCUAAAUGAUAUAUAUUUUUUGAGAAAAUUGGUUAUAUUUAAAAAUAUUAAUGAAAACAUUGCAACCAUUGCAAUAACAAAAUUUUUAAACCAUUUAUGGUAUCUAAGUGAAGAGUGUGCUGCCAUGGCAAUAUUUGACGAUAGAAUUGAGAGAGUUGAAAAAAUUAGAAUGGCUCAAAAAAUUAUGGAAUGUGCAAGUAAAAACAUAGAGACUGUGAAUGAAAAAGAAGAAGAAAAUGAAGAGACAGAAGUCAUUGAGAAAAAACUAUCGUUGCAAAUCCGAGAUGUCCAAAAUUUUGUUCAAAAAGAUCUACCAACUGAAUUAUUGUCCGCCAAUUCACUUCAGUUAUUUAAACGAUUCGGUAUUUGUGUUGAAUUUCUUCAGGACGAUCCGCUGAAUUGGGAAAACAGAGAGGAUUAUCGCACAGGAAAAAAUAUCAUUUCAACCUUAAAAUGUACAAAUGAUAUUGCAGAAAGAGGAGUCAAGUUGAUUGAGGAUUACAAUGAAAAAAUGACGAAAAAUGAACAUCAAAAACAAUUUUUGAUACAGGUUGUUCAGGAGUACCGGAGAGAGUUCCCAGUCGCCACAAAAGGAGGCUUACUUAAAUCCAAAAUAUGUAUCUGAAGUGGAGGUAUCAUUUCAAUAAAUAAAAAAUAUAGUAUUAGGAUAAACUAUAUCUUUAUUUUACGUUUUCAUUUUAAUUAGUAUGUUUUUAUACUAAAGUUUAAAAAAAAAUGCGUAAUUUUAUGUUUACAGUCGAGCGUACGCGUAAAUUGUCGUUCUUAUAGGUAAUAACUGCCUUACAUUGAAUCUCACAACUUUAGCGUCGAUGCGGCACGUGUUAAUAUUAACCGAUUGAGCUGAAAUUUGUUAUAUUUUCAUGUCUUAUAUAAAGGUACAUUCUGGCAAAUAAUUUCUAAAAAAUUCGAAAAAAAAUUUUUUUCCUUAUAAAUAAGGA